AUCGUUUCCUAUUUCUCGUGGAGGAUCGCUUGAAUUUCGCGGUUUUCCACACGUUUCCCGCGGCCGCCUCCAGGACCUAGUGCUCGCCGGAUACUGUGCGUUGCAGGACCUAGUGUUCGCCGGAUGUUGUGAUGUUGAGUGCCACGAGGACUGCUUCCGGUAAAUGAGAAUCAAGCACCAGAUCCGGAUGCCGACGGGACACCUGGAGGAAGACGAGUUCGUAGCUGUGAAGACGAGGUCCAACACUCCGGAAGGUGCUGCGGCCGGCGGGAGUGGGACCUUCUGGUUGUCCCAGCCUCUCGAAGGCUGCAAUGAGACCGGGUUCAUCAACAGCCAGCCUUCGAUGGCCGAUUUCAUGACCGCGUUGCCGCAUCUUUCUGGGGAACUUCCCCAUGGGCCGCCGAUGAGUCCGCAGCACACUCCGCCAGCCGGGGGGUUUCCCAUGGACGUGCCGCACGGGAUGGGGUCACCCGGGGUUAAUGUUCCGGAGUAUCCUUGGAUGAAGGAGAAGAAAACUACGAGGAAGAACAGCCAACAAGAUUCAGGAUCGAGAAAAAGUAACAAAAAACUAUCCUCACUGCUCUUUGGCAAUGAAGACAAUGAUGAAAAUGGACUUCCACGAAGACUAAGAACAGCGUAUACCAAUACCCAAUUACUAGAACUAGAAAAAGAAUUCCACUUCAACAAAUAUUUAUGCCGACCGAGGAGAAUCGAAAUUGCGGCUUCGCUAGAUUUGACCGAACGACAGGUAAAGGUGUGGUUCCAAAACAGAAGAAUGAAGCACAAACGGCAAACUCUCGGCAAGCAAGGAGAGGAUGGUGACGAUAAAGACUCUGUUACUAGUGAAGGCAGCAAGAGUGCGAAGCUGGGAGACAAAUACCUAGAAGAAGAGAUGUCAAAGAAGAGCUGUCAAGGCUGCGAAAUGCCGUCCGUUGGAUUAUGUGGUUCCCAUGAAGAGGUUCCUGAUAUCUCUUCGAAUAGAGGGAAUAACAACAACACCCCAAGUGCAACAAACAAUAACACCAACUUCAACACUAAUAGUAAUGGUGCUAGUAGUGUUGGUAGUUCAGGUAGCUUCGAUAAGUUGAUGAACGAAGAAGACUCCAGAUCGAACGAAGGAAGCGGAUCGCAAACAUCUCCGAGAAUACAAAAAAAGAAUCCUUCCAUAGCGAAUCCUGCGGUGAAAGUUGAGGGAAGAAGGAAUUCUCCAAAUUCGUGUGAUAGGAAGUUAGGAGUGAGAAAGGUAUCGCCUAGUCCCAGUCAUAGCAAAGACAGCGGAAUCAGCUUGAGUUCCCACGAGAGCAUUCCGAUGAAGAUGUCACCGAAGAGUUCAACGACUCCUGGGGCCACAGUGGUGCACUCCAGUCCGUUAGGUAUCUCCUCCAACAUGGUUUACCCUCACCUCCAACGUUCAUCACCCACGACGGCUACAGCGAUAGCUUCAGCAACAGUCACCAUCCAGAACGUCCCAAACCCAGUGUCACCGUUCGCCACAAGAAGCACCACAACUACGACCUUUCCAAACCAGUACAACAUGAGCAAUCAAGUGGACUACAACAGAACCAAGUAUUACCAGCUGACUCAUCAGAUAUACCCUGGAGACCUAUACAACCCUGAUCAUCCCACCGUGAAUGAACCCCACUCUUAUCAAAGAGGACAAAGUCAUCCUAGUGCUUUGGGGCAGAGUAGUAGCAGGAUAGCGGGCCGAAGCCGACAAGCUACGUAUCACCCAGAGUACACGAAUCAGCAGCAGUAUUGCAACUAUAAGAACCAAACUGGGGAGAACUAUAAUAUAGCGCAAGGAAACUAUGGACAAGGAUAUCACAGCGGAGAACACACUGGGUACAAUCACUAUGGCUACGGGGGUAAUAAUUUGUACCCCAAUGAUGGGAAUGAAACCAUGGCGCAUAUGCCUAACUCCGUGCAGAUGCACCAUGAUCCAACAGCUAACUAUUACCCCACUGAGAACAUGGUUCCUGUAAAUAAGAUGCAAAACCACGCAGACUACCAGGGUAAAGUCGGCUACUAUGAAAACAGUUACAACGCUAACCACAUCCCUGCCAGCUCUGAUACAACCUACAGUAUGCCUGCAGAAAUUUUCCCUCCGACCAACAACCCCACCACAGCUGUGAUGACUCCCCCUGCCAGCGUUGCUACUGAGGCUAGUGACAGUUACAAUAACUACCACCAGUUUUAUGGUGGGGAGACACAGGCUCCCGUAGCGCCACCUGGUGAAGGCAGUAAUAGUUCGUCGGACUUUAAUUUCCUGAGCAACCUAGCAAAUGACUACACUCCUGAGUAUUAUCAAAUUUGAUUUGAUUUGGUGCAAUCGAAGACACGGUUCUCUGUUGAUUUUUUAUUGUUGAAAUGUGAUUUUUACUUGAUUGUUUAUUGUUCGAAAGUUUUAUGGCUAGUUUUGAGUUUUGUUCUGGUUGAGUCGAUAAGGGUGAAACCCGCAUAGUGCGAGUGGAAUAGACAAUCUGAAAUAAGGUAUGUCAUGAACGAAAUUGGUUCUGGAUGGACAAGUUCUAUGGAAAAUGAUCCUCAAGUAUACAAUGACAUGGUUUUCUUAUACUAUCCUAACUAUUGAUGUUGAUACUAUCAUUCAACAUCAAUGGCAUCAUAUCAUAUAACAAUAUGAAGCCAUAGACUUUCCUUGGUUAUAUUUUUUAUCAUUGUUUCCAUAAUGAUGAGCAGUGAAUAAUGACAAGCAGUUUCUUUUAAAUUGAUAGACCCUGUAUAGUCAUUAGUAGUUCAAAAUCCCUUUCCUGAACUUCAGUUUACCUACCAAGGAGAGCACAUGAAUAUGGCAAGUGGGAUCUGGUCGAAACGUUGUGAUAAUGGCAAAGACGAACGGAUAACACUUCAGCAUAUAUUUGUGCUCUUCUGAGGAACGGAGCUCUACAUAUUUUUUUUUACUCUCCGAAGGAAAUCAAUCUUAAAUAUUUGAGAUCAUUCGAACUACAGGCCAUAGACUUAACUUAAAAUUUCCAUUCUUCUGUCAGUUUUGGUGUUAUUGAUACAAUCCAUCACAGAUUUUUCAGUCAAAUAUAGUUUUUCGUAAAUUUAUCGAUAUGGAUUCUAUUUUUACAAGUUGUGUUGGGAUGUUUCAUGGAUUCGAUUAAAACAUGGGAUACUCUUUCAUGAUCAUGGUUAAUAGAACUUCCUAUACAUUUCCACUGGAAAACUGUUUUUUUCUCAAGAACUUAAUUUUUUUCGAUUUUCAACUUUUUUUCGAGACAUCCACAUUUUGAUGGAGUAUAAAAAAUGCUAGGAUUUCUUUCUGGUAGAACGUCUAGAUAUCUAAAAUACAGUCAUACCAAGAAAAUAUUGAAGAUCUUAUGAAAAAAUUAAGAUAAAAGUCCAUCUUCAGUAUAUAUGUUUAUAAAGCUAUACUUUCAUAAGUAGCAACUUGUAGAUGAUGACUUAUCAAAAUAUUUCUACUUCAUGGUCAAUUUAUAAAGAGAACUCUUAUUCUAUAUCGUCAUUUUCCUCAGAACUGGCUCAACCGGAAAAUUUGGAUGUAAAAAGUAAAUAAAAGCAACAAUCAUGAAUAUACCUUUAUUAAUGAAAUGUACAAAAUAUAUAGUAGAUACGAUGCACAGCCAAAAUGGUUCAAUGUAAUAUUUAAUAAAACAUUAGGAAACGGUAGAUUGUUGUUGAAUGUACAUAUGCAGUAUAUGUAUUUCAUCAUAAUGUACAGGUACAGUAACGCAUUAGUAUUCUCUAGUAUUUUGAAUCGAUGAAUA